GUUCACAGGUUUUUUUUUUGUUGUUGUUGUUCUCUUUAAAUCAGUUUAGUCCCUAUUGUAAAUAGUGAGUUGAUACUUGCUGACAUUAAUGCAGGUUACUUUAAAAUUCUUUUGCCCAGUUAGCCCUAGAACAGUUUGUCCUUCUCCCAAAGGGGAAAAUGAUAUAAUGAAAUAGACUUAGUACACCCAGAUCUUACCACCAUGUGAUGAUUCAUUUUUAUUGUCCUUCACUUCAGAGACACACAGAACACUUGGGUAGUGAAUUUUGAGAGCACUCGCUUCCAGUCUGUUGUAUUUUACUAGCCCUGUGACUCUAAGCAAUUUCUUACCUCCUUUAACAUCUUUUGCAAAGUAAAGAUACCCAUUUUUAGGUGUUUUUUAAGCAUAGAGAUUAUGCAUUUUUGUUUUAUUUUUUAAAUGAGAUCUCACUAUGCUAUAGUCCAAGCUGUCCUUAAACUUGAAAUCCUCCUACCUCUGAAUAGCUAGGGUUACACUGCCACUGUUGCUGGCAGCAUCAGGAUUAUUAAUUUGCCUAUUGCACAGAUUUCUGCGCCCCUAAUAGCUCCAGGUACAUAAUUAAGAGUUAUCACAAGCUCAUAUGAAACUUCCAAAAACAGUCUAUGUAGGGCCUUACUAAUGCAUGUUUUGAAGAAGGUACAAGAACCAGAAGAGGACUGGAAACUUAAUAUGUCUACCCAUCUUUUGUGCUGAAAACAUCUGUUGUAAAAAAAGAAACAAAAAAAAACCAAGUAGCUCUGUGAUUGUGGUGAUAGGUCAGGUUGUACCUUGUAUAACUAAUAUCUUAGGUUACUGCUCUGGAGAUUUGCCUUUUGGUUGUCACAUCCUGGUGCUUAUUUUUGUGAUUUUUAACAACCAUAUUUAGCUUAUUAAAGAGUUAAUUAAGGAAGUAGUCUUAUAUUGGUUUUGCUGGGGUGGGGGCUUGUCUUAAAGAAUAUAUUGACUGUGGAUGAAUACUUUGUGAAUCUUUUACUGUGAAGCUGCAUGUAGCAUGUGAUAGACUUCAAAAGGAACAAGACAUGGAUACUAGCCUAUCUCCAUGACACAUUUUAUAGGUCCUCAUUUGUUAGAAGUUUUGCAAAAGUAUUUUUCUUUCUGUGCAUGAAAAAAAAAAUUCAGAUAAUUAAAAAGUGUUAACUGUCAAGUUGUAGUAACUAAGCUAAGCGUUAAGAUGUAAUACAAAGUUUUUUACACUAAUUUUAAUACUUCAUUUAUUAGCAGUCUUGCUUGAACGGUCUCUUUGAGCAGAACUAAUACAAUAUUUUGAUGUGCCACAGGUAAAUAUUUCCAUAACCUUAUGGAGAGAAAGGACUUUGAGACAUGGCUUGAUAACAUUUCUGUUACAUUUCUUUCUCUGACGGACUUGCAGAAAAAUGAAACUCUGGAUCACCUGAUUAGUCUGAGUGGGGCAGUCCAGCUCAGGCAUCUCUCCAAUAACCUGGAGACCCUCCUCAAGCGGGACUUCCUCAAACUCCUUCCUCUGGAGCUCAGUUUUUAUUUGUUAAAAUGGCUCGAUCCUCAGACUUUACUCACAUGCUGCCUCGUCUCUAAACAGUGGAAUAAGGUGAUAAGUGCCUGUACAGAGGUGUGGCAGACUGCCUGUAACAAUUUGGGCUGGCAGAUAGAUGAUUCUGUUCAGGACGCUUUGCACUGGAAGAAGGUUUAUUUGAAGGCUAUUUUGAGAAUGAAGCAACUGGAGGACCAUGAAGCCUUUGAGACCUCAUCAUUAAUUGGACACAGUGCCAGAGUGUAUGCACUUUACUACAAAGAUGGACUUCUCUGUACAGGUAAGGCACUGGGACUGGUUUCUUAGGGGUAGGAUGUUCUUGU